GCGCCGCCACCAUCGCCGCCAUGGUCCGGGGACCUCAGGCGGCCGGGGCUGCCCUCGGCGCUGCCUGAGCCCUUUGCGCCUCCCGGCCAGACCUGUGCGCCGCCUGGGCGAGGUGUGCUCCAAGAGGCCUGAGGAUAACCCUGGAUCUCUCUUUGCAAGAGAAUGGGCUACCCAUUGAAGCUGAGGAGCGCUGGGCAGGCUUUGGGACAAUGUGAGAGAAAGAGGAAGUCUUCCAGCCUGGGACUUUGGGGUCCUUGUUGGCCCUCCGCACCUUAGGAGUACAGUGGGAGCUGUCACGGAUGCUGUUGGCUGUCCUCUCACUGGGUGUCCUGUUGUUGGCCCUCCUCCUGUUCCUGCGACGCCGGGAAUGGGGUCUGUUAUCCAUCUACUGGUUUGAAUUGGUGCACCAACCAGUCCGCAACCUGCUCAUGGGUGACACAAAGGAACAGCGCAUCCUUCGCAAUGUGCAGCAGCAUGCCAAGCCUGGAGACCCCCAGAGCGUCCUGGACGCCAUUGACACAUACUGCUCAGAGAAGGAGUGGGCCAUGAAUGUGGGUGCCUUGAAAGGCCAAAUAUUGGAUGCAGUGAUUCAGGAGUACAAGCCCUUGCUGGUGCUGGAGCUAGGAGCUUACUGUGGCUACUCAGCCACAAGGAUAGCGCGCCUGCUGCCACCUGGAGGCCGGCUUCUCACCAUGGAGAUGAACCCUGACUAUGCUGCCAUCACCCAGCAAAUGCUGAACCUGGCAGGCCUGCGGGACAAAGUCACCAUCCUCAUUGGGGCAUCCCAGGACCUCAUCCCGCAGCUGAAGACCAAGUAUGAUGUGGACACCUUAGACAUGGUCUUUCUUGACCACUGGAAAGACCGCUACCUGCCAGACACGCGUCUCCUGGAGGAAUAUGGCCUGUUACGCAAGGGGACAGUACUUCUAGCUGACAAUGUCAUCGUCCCGGGAGCCCCUGACUUCCUGGAAUAUGUGCGGGGGAGCAACAAGUUCGAGUGCACACACUACAGCUCAUACCUGGAGUACAUGGAAGUGGUAGACGGCCUGGAGAAGGCCCUCUACAAGGGUCCAAGCAGCCCAUGAAGUCUUGACCACUCAGCCUUCCCUGAGAUCCCCUUCCAGCUUCCUUCUGCAAGAUGACACACACUCAUGCUGACCCCGCUAUGCUUCUGGAGCCUGUCCUCAAGUGCUGUGGCUCCAGAUUGCCAACACUGGCACAGUCUCCAGGUAGUGAGCUCACCAUCCAAAACCACUGCAAUAGACCUGGAAAGCACCUGUGAUAAAAGGCUGAAUUGAGCUGGAGGUGCAUUGGUCACAGUGCCUGCCCCACAUGCAAGAGGCCUUGAGUUUAAUCCUAAACACCAGAAAACAAAAGGGAUUAAAAAAAAAAAGUCAAAGGAGGUGUCAUCCUGCUGGUGUCCGGUGUCACCUAAGAGAUUCUCACAGGGUCAGUGCCAGAGCGCUGGGCACUGCCAUCACCAAUUAGGGCCAGCCAGAAGUCAGGAGACUGGGAAUAUCCAGAUGCUGUCUGGCUGUUACCAGAUGUCCCCGGCCACUCACCCUUCAUCUUGAGAGUGAGUCAUAAGCUCUCCAGGCUGGUGGCACACACCUUUAAUCCCAGCACCCAGGAAGAAAGGCAGCCAGAGCUCUGAGUUCAAGGCCAGCCUGGGCUACACAGUGAGUUCCGGGACAGCCAGGGCUACAGACUCUUGUCUUCCCGAGUUAUAACCCGUUUUCUAGUUAUGCCGUGAUCUUUCAUCAUCAAAGAAAUUCAAGCUCCUAAUAUUUGGAUACCAGAGAUCCACUCAGUUACUGUCUCAGCUACCACACUGCUCUCCUCCCUGCUGUACAACACGACAGUCCACCUCUGCACCAUCUCUGACUGGGUAGUCUGGGGACAGGUAGCGGGGGGCCAUGCUGCCCCCUGCUGCUCUCCACUCCUGUGUGCCACACAGGAGACAAUCUCUCCAGCCCUGCUUCCUGACUUACAGAGGAGGAAGUGGGCUCAGACCACAGGCCAUGUCUGCCCAGGCACCCAGCUGCUGAGGAGGCACCCAUCCACUUCCUCCUCCAAGCCUCAGAAGGGGCCUGUUUCCAGACUAGAAAAGAUGAGCGCCACCUCCGCUGAUCCCGCCUGGACCUACAUCAAUCAGCCAGUGCUCCCUUCCUGGGCUGAGGGUGCCAACAGGAGACAAGGAGGACAGGAGUGGGCAGGGCCUGAGGGCCAGGGGCAGAGCCUCCCACCAUCCCACCACCCCACCCCCCGCCAGGGGACUUGAGGAAAUAUCCACCAGGUGGCAGCAGUGGCUGUUAACCCUCUUCCUCUGUAGCUAGGCGAGCGGGCGCUGCUCUAGUGAGCUGACUCAGAAGACAGGCAAGAAGUUCCUUUGCUGCUCUUUUAAUCUUUAAAUUUUCUUACAAAAAUUUCAAUGUUUGCUGA